UUUACAUCCUCUUCAUCACUUCGCUUUAUGAAAAGGAUAUAAAACGGUAAAAAAAAAAAGAGAAAGAGAAAGAAAAAAGAAAACAAAAAAGAAAAUCCAAUCCUUCCAACAGCCAAUAAGGAAACUAGUCAUGACUACCGAAACGACAAAGCCUUCCAGGACAUCAGAAACUCCAGUUCUCAUCAGCGGUGCAGGACCCGUGGGAACUCUGGCGGCCAUUAUGCUCACCCGGCUUGGAAUACCCUGUAGACUAAUCGAACGUGAACUCGAAGUCUCACCUAUGUCUAAGGCCCUAUCACUUCAUGCACGCACGCUCGAAAUCAUGGAUCAGACAGGUCUAAUUGACCGUUUCUUGGCCCAAGGCCAUCCUCUCUCGAUUUUUAAUGUUUAUUUUAAUGGGGUUCAUUCAGUCUUCCCAGGUUUGGCCAACAGUAUCUCACAUUACAACUACGCACUAUUCCAGGAACAGGCCAAGACAACAGCAAUCCUGAAUGGAGAACUAGAGGCUCAUGGCGGCAAGGUCGAUCGAGGCUGGGAACUCAUGGAUACUAAAGUAAUAGAAGACCAGGCUAGUGGUCAGACUUGGGUAGAAACCAUUAUUCGAAGAGCUUUGGAUGGCAGCAAUAUCAGGUCAACAGAGAGUAAGGUCUUGGGAGAAAUAGAACUGGACGCAGAGCAAGCUGGCAAAAAGUAUGAGAUUGAAGUAGUCCGAUCUCAGUAUUUGAUAGCAGCAGAUGGUGGUAAAUCAGUGGUCCGACAUAAGCUUAGCAUCCCAUUUCCAGGAAGGACACUUGAAAAUAAUAUUAUUCUCUUUGAUGGCGAUAUUGAAACGGAUCUAGAGUUAGGUGAUAUCACCGUGAUCAAUGGUAAAAAUAAUCAGACAAUGAACAUAUUCCCAUUGAGUACUGGGAAUGUUCGUAUCAUGGUAGAUGCCAGCCAUCUUGAUCGAACCAAGCGGCCCACAAACGAGGACCUCGAAAAGAUUGCACAGGCUACAGCUGACCCUUACAAGUUCAAGAUCAAGGGCAGUAGCUGGUUGACGUUUUACAGAGUAAACGAGCGUCAAGCAGCUUCAUACUCCUACAAGAACAGGAUCUUUUUGGCGGGCGAUGCUGCUCAUGUGCAUUCACCUGCUGGAGGACAAGGCAUGAAUUUGGGGCUACAAGAUGCCUACAAUUUGACUUGGAAGUUGGCAUUGGUCUUGAAUAAGCUUUCUACUCCUAAGAUACUUGAAACUUACGGAGAGGAGCGUAUUCCUGUCGCAAGGGAUGUGAUCAACAUGUCCUCUAGGAUGUUUGCGACUGGAUUCUCGCAGAAGCUCUAUCACAGAAUUAUUCGUAAGAGCGUAACUACAUUUGCAUCUUUUCUUCUUCGCUUUAUUGCUGUCCCAGCGGCUACUGUUUCUAUGUUGUCCAUCAGGUAUAAUGAGAACGCUAUUAACCAGCCUCACAAGACCCAGCGCAAGCCAGCUGAAGAGUAUCAAGUGGGCCAGCGUGCUCAUGAUGGCCCUUUGCUCAGGGUAUUGCCUGGUGGUCAGACAAGCCAGGAAACUGUACGCCUGCACCAACUGAUCCAUGGGCCAGGCACCUUCCAUAUCCUGGUCUUUACUUCUGAUAUGCUCAGGACCACUGCCUCAACAUCAAAACAAGCGGAUCAUCAGGGCAUUGCCUUCACAACCGAAUCUCAGCUGAGGAAAAAUCUGGAGUACUACCUUCGAGAAUGGGCUUCCAAAUGGGCUUAUGGAGCUGUUCAUUUUAGUACAUCAUCUCAAACAGAAUUGACAGAAAGGCAAACGAAGAGCAAGCGACCCAUGUUUAAUGUGCAUGUGAUUAGCGCUCUGGCAGAGACCAUCUCUGGGCCUGAUUUCAAAGAUCCUUCCAAAAUUCGUGCUGAUUCUCUAGCCAAUAAGGAACCAGGCAAGGGCAGGCUGUAUUUUGAUCAUUUGAGAAUUGUGCAUGAGCGAUAUGGGGUUCCCGUGAAGACGGGCUCUGGAGCCAUCGUGGUCAUCCGUCCAGAUUCACAUGUAGGGUACAGAGUGCUGGGUACGAAUGAAUCUGCAUGGAUGGAUGUGGAUCAGUACUUGAAGUCAAUCUUUGAUGCUUGUCCCUAGAUUCAUCUUACGAGUAUUAGCGUUAAAUUGAGAAAUAAAUGAAGUAUUACAAGCAAUAGA